GUCAGCUGCCGGAUCCCAGGCGCUCCGGCCAGCUGGGGCUCUGCUGGCCAGAGCCGACCCCCUGGGGGGCCUUCUGUGGCCUCUCUGUUCGGCUUACCUUCGGGCUCCCCCAUUGCCCACCUCUCUGAGACCCCACCCUCUGCCAGUGCCGCGGCGCGCGAGCCCCCUCCCAGGCACCCCCGAGUUUCCGCCUCGGCUCCCCCAUGUCCCCUUGUCAUUCCCUGGGUCCUCCAGAUCCUCACCCCUCCACACACAGUCUCCCUUUGCUAGAGGUUCCACUUCUGGGUUCUCUCCUUGCCAGUUCUUUUUCGUUUUCAGAGAUUCUCCCAGCUGUCUUCUUCUGGGUUUCCGGCCCCCUCGUCUUCCCUUGGACCCCUCUCUGCUCUUGAUCCGGCAGGGACAGUGUCCUGACCUGGGGGCAGACUCCUUGGCUAGGCUCUUGGGGCCUGUCUGGGCUGGGGUUUCUGGGAAGACUCAUCCGGCGUCUGAAACUCCAGACCCUGCUCCUGUUCUGUGCAUCCAGAUGGGCCUGAGAGCCAGAUCUAGUGGGGUCCGGGCCCGGUCCAGCUAUAGGGAGGCUGCGUCCAUGGAGCGAAAGGAAUGCCAGGACCCUGCCCAGACAGACGUGGGCCGGCCUCAGCACCGACAGCCAACGCACAGAUAGCAGAGCCAUCCUGGGGUUGAAUCAUGAUUCCGGUGACAGAGCUCCGCUAUUUUGCGGACACACAGCCAGCGUACCGGAUCCUGAAGCCGUGGUGGGAUGUGUUCACCGACUAUAUCUCCAUUGUCAUGCUGAUGAUUGCCGUCUUUGGGGGGACACUGCAGGUCACCCAGGACAAGAUGAUCUGUCUGCCUUGUAAAUGGGUCACCAAGGACUCCUGUAACGACUCAUUCCGGGGCUGGGCAGCCCCUGGCCCAGAGCCCACCUACCCCAACUCCACGAUCCUGCCAAGCCCUGAGGCAGGCCCAACGGGCAUCAAGUAUGACCUGGACAGGCACCAGUACAACUAUGUGGAUGCUGUGUGCUAUGAGAACCGGCUGCACUGGUUCGCCAAGUACUUCCCCUACCUGGUGCUUCUGCACACCCUCAUCUUCCUAGCCUGCAGCAACUUCUGGUUCAAGUUCCCACGCACCAGCUCAAAGCUGGAGCACUUUGUGUCUAUUCUGCUCAAGUGCUUCGACUCGCCUUGGACCACACGGGCCCUGUCGGAAACAGUGGUGGAGGAGAGUGACCCCAAACCCGCCUUCAGCAAGAUGAACGGCUCCAUGGACAAGAAAUCAUCGACAGUUAGCGAGGAUGUGGAGGCCACGGUGCCCAUGCUGCAGCGGACCAAGUCUCGGAUCGAGCAGGGCAUUGUGGACCGCUCGGAAACAGGCGUUUUGGACAAGAAGGAAGGGGAGCAGGCCAAGGCACUGUUUGAGAAGGUGAAGAAGUUUCGGACCCACGUGGAGGAGGGGGACAUUGUGUACCGCCUCUACAUGCGGCAGACCAUCAUCAAAGUGAUCAAGUUCAUCCUCAUCAUCUGCUACACUGUCUAUUAUGUGCACAACAUCAAGUUCGACGUGGACUGCACGGUGGACAUCGAGAGCCUGACAGGCUACCGCACCUACCGGUGUGCCCACCCUCUGGCCACACUCUUCAAGAUCCUAGCAUCGUUCUACAUCAGCCUGGUCAUCUUCUACGGGCUCAUCUGCAUGUACACUCUCUGGUGGAUGCUACGGCGCUCCCUCAAGAAGUACUCGUUCGAGUCAAUCCGUGAGGAGAGCAGCUACAGUGACAUCCCUGACGUUAAGAACGACUUUGCCUUCAUGCUGCACCUCAUUGACCAAUACGACCCACUGUACUCCAAGCGCUUUGCUGUCUUCCUGUCAGAGGUGAGUGAGAACAAGCUGCGGCAGCUGAACCUCAACAACGAGUGGACGCUGGACAAGCUGCGCCAGCGGCUCACCAAAAACGCACAGGACAAGCUGGAGCUGCACCUGUUCAUGCUCAGCGGCAUCCCUGACACUGUGUUUGACCUGGUUGAGCUGGAGGUUCUGAAGCUGGAGCUGAUCCCCGAUGUGACCAUCCCACCCAGCAUCGCACAGCUCACUGGCCUCAAGGAGCUGUGGCUGUACCAUACAGCCGCCAAGAUCGAGGCUCCUGCCCUGGCCUUCCUGCGUGAGAACUUGCGGGCGUUGCACAUCAAAUUCACUGACAUCAAGGAGAUCCCGCUGUGGAUCUAUAGCCUGAAGACGCUGGAGGAGCUGCACCUAACAGGCAACCUGAGCGCCGAGAACAACCGCUACAUUGUCAUCGAUGGGCUUCGGGAGCUCAAGCGCCUCAAAGUGCUCCGGCUCAAGAGCAACCUGAGCAAGCUGCCACAGGUGGUCACAGAUGUGGGUGUGCACCUCCAGAAGUUGUCCAUCAACAACGAGGGCACCAAGCUGAUUGUCCUUAACAGCCUCAAGAAAAUGGUGAACCUUACUGAGCUGGAGCUGAUCCGCUGUGACCUGGAGCGCAUCCCCCACUCCAUCUUCAGCCUCCACAACCUGCAGGAGAUCGACCUCAAGGACAACAACCUCAAGACUAUUGAGGAGAUCAUCAGCUUCCAGCACUUGCACCGCCUCACCUGCCUUAAGCUGUGGUACAACCACAUUGCCUACAUCCCCAUCCAGAUCGGCAACCUCACGAACCUGGAGCGCCUCUACCUGAACCGCAACAAGAUUGAGAAGAUCCCCACCCAGCUCUUCUACUGCCGCAAGCUGCGCUACCUGGACCUCAGCCACAAUAACCUGACCUUCCUCCCUGCCGACAUCGGCCUCUUGCAGAACCUCCAGAAUCUGGCUGUCACGGCCAAUCGGAUCGAGGCACUUCCCCCGGAGCUCUUCCAGUGCCGGAAGCUGCGGGCCCUGCACCUGGGCAACAAUGUGCUACAGUCGCUGCCCUCGAGGGUAGGCGAGCUGACCAACCUCACACAGAUUGAGCUUCGGGGCAACCGGCUAGAGUGCCUGCCUGUGGAGCUGGGCGAGUGCCCGCUGCUCAAACGCAGUGGCCUGGUGGUGGAGGAGGACCUGUUCAACACGCUGCCACCUGAGGUGAAGGAGCGGCUGUGGAGGGCUGACAAGGAGCAGGCCUGAGCAUGGCCAGCCCAGAGCAGCCAGCAGUGGGACCCCAGGCCAGGAGGGCCAGGUCCUGCUCCUCCAGAGCUCCUAGACAAGCAGGCCCAAGUCUCGGCCAGGCAGGAGCCUGGGGCCACAUGUGAGUCGGGCCAGAGCGAGAAGACGGUAUCUGCGGGGCUGGCCCCUUCUCUCCCUCUGAGACUCACACCUCCCAGGGUAGGCACCUGUUGGGGAGACCAGAGACCUCGUUGGGCCCAGAGCAUGGUGUGUGAACAAUCGGGUCUCUUCUCUGGAGGCCAUCUCUGCCCCAAAGGCUGAGCUGCCAUUGGAGGUCCUGGGACACCUACUUAGCUCUUGGUAUUUAUUUUUCUCCACCUCCUGCCUCCUUCCUCCAGGUAACUUAUACAUUCCCAAGAAAGUUCAGCCCAGAUGGGAGGUGUUUGAGGAAGGGUGGUCUGUUUCCCCUUCUUAUUUAGCGAUGCCGCCAGCAUUUAGCGCCCACCCAGAAUUGAGCAGAGCAGUCCAGGGCGAACCAGCCCCAGGAGGGUUGUUCCAGUGGUGCUGAGCUGGGCUCUGGCGGCCCAUGGGAGAGCAGGUCGCCAAGUGGGAAGGCCAGGCUUAGGUCUCACCUUAUCAGUUUUUGUGGCAGAUUUUUUUUAAGUCAAAAGAAAUGUUUUUCUUUUCUCUUUUUUUUUUUUAAAGGUUUGAAAAUUGAUGAUUUGGGUAUAAAAAAGAAAAAUACUAAAAAAAUUAAAAAGACACUAAAGGCCAGUGAGUUGGGGUCUCAGGGCGGGUUGAGCACAGCAAUGAGACAUUAGAUUGCGUUUCCUUUCCCCGGGGUGCAGGAUGCAAGCUGUAGGCUGUCUCCCCAGUCUGCUGUGACCUUGGUCCAGGAGUUCUGUUUGUUCCUCUCUUCUCCUGGGGUUGGAAUUUUUCUUUGGGGGGCUUUUUUGGUGUCUUGUUUUCUUCCUCCUCCAUGCCUCUUGGCAGGCGUGCGUUUCUGUGGCUGUCAGCCAAAGGGAAUGCUCCGAGCUGCCAAGAAAGGAGGAGACUUGGGCUGGCUAAUCCCUGGAUGAACGGUGCUCAUUCUCCCCCGCUCCUUGCACCCACACCCCUCUCCACGCACAGUGUUAAGGAGCCAAGAGGAGCUACCACGCCUGGACUCUGUUUCCCCACCUCAUGUGUCACAGGUGGGGUCUAGGGCCACCAUAGGCCUCUGCUGCUUAUAUCAGCCCUGUCACCACCCGGUUCUUCAUGAAGAGAGACAACUGGAAGUGGAGUUGGGCACGGGGAAGUCACCGCUGGGAAGGCAGGCUCCCCAGUUUUUGGUUCCAAGCCAGUUUCUAUCCCAGACGCCUAACGCACACAUAGCCAGUUAGCGCCUGGUGGCAGGAAGCCACCCUGCUUUAGAUCAGUCACUUGGGUCCCCACCUUAGAAGGGUCCCUGCCUUAGAUCAAUCAUGUGGACACUAAGGCACAUUUUAGCGUCUCUUGUCUCAAUUAUUAUGUUCAUCUGUCCGUCUGUUUUUCGCAUUGUGUCUUGGAUGUAAUCCUCAGAAAUAAUGCACACUAGCCUCUGACAACCACGAAGCAAUCCGUUACAUGUGGGUCUGAACUUGUAGACUCGGUUCCAAUAUCAAAUAAAUCUAUAA